GGCCUUACAGGUAAGAGAGGUACCCCAUUAUAUACUGAGAGGCUGCACAGUGUUGCAGUAAGAAUGGCCUGUGGUCCAACAGACCUGCCUGCUAGGUGUGAAAUGACCGAACCCAGCGGGUGUUGGGGAGAAUGACAAGAGGUCUACUGAGAAAACAAUGUUUGAAGUUGAAUACUUCAUCAUAGAGUUGUGUCAUUUCAGCUUUAGCGCAUCAGCUGCAAUAGCCGUGCUGGUUUGCUCUGGGUUUGUGUGAUUUGUCUUUCAACAAAAUGCAGUUUUUGUAAUUCAUCGCUGCCUCCACUUGUUCACGUUUGAAUCCAGUGCUUGCAGGUCAGGCUGAUGUAGCAGCUCAGUAGAUCUCCUCCGUGUUUUCUGCUCCUUGCAAGCACAGUGCCUGAUUGUAGCCACUGUAGUUCCUUGAAAGUCAGUGGGAACGUUGCUGUGACUGAAGGAAAGAGCUUUGAUUGCAAACCCUUGUAUGCUCUAUUUAUUGUCAUGUUGUGCAUCUCAUCUCAUUAGCAGGCCAAGCAAACUCUUUUAUUCAUUUCUUUUCAGCUGCAGGCUGAAUUUGUGUUCCUUAUACUCACUGAUAGCUUCGUGUGUGUUUGCAUCCCUGUCAACACCUCUGUUGGUAUACCAGGAAACAAAACAGGGAAGCUGGAAUAGUCAGAAUGAAGCUGAAUACAAUCACAGUUCAUACUUGUUUUUAAUCUUGGCACAUGACCCUGCGAAAGGCAUCUGAUCUUACAGAGAAAAGGGGAAACCAACCGUGCUGCAGUGGGUGCAGGUUCCCAAUACCUCUGUUGGGACUUGGAGCCCAGUUUGGAUCAGUGAAGAACAUCACUUUGCUCUUGUGGUGAGAUUCCUAAAUGAAAGAACAACCCAGGCCUGAACACUGCAUACAUGCCUCUGAGAAGCCUUGCGUUGCUACACAUUGAACUACAAAAACAAAAUGGUGCAGUGUUCAAAGCCAGUAAAGCUGGGUUCUGACUGAGGGCAGAACUCACCAUGUCAGUGAAAAGCUCUGGUUGUUAGUGGGCAGUGUUUGCCUGCAGUGACUGCUGUGCGUCCUCCUGCCCGCUCACAGCUCUGUGUGUUUCAAAAGAUGUUUGCAGAGCAGCUGUGUGUAUGUUCCAGGUCAGUUAUCUUUUAGCAACUGAAAGCAAACGGGGUUCCAGGAAUCUCCUUCCAAAAGUGCCAAAUUCUGAAGGAGGUUGCUACAAAGAGGUGGCUCUCAUCAUUGGGGGAGGCUUAUAAUGAUCGUUUAUUUCUAUACGCACCUGUAUGUGCGCAGGAAUGAGGAAUUUUCUCUUGCUUUUGGAUUGCGGGUGGGUUUCAGGGGAUCCAGAAGGUUGUCUCUCCUCUGUCAAUAUUUGUGGCUGGUUAAUGAUCAGCCCUGUGACCUGACGGCUCUUUCUGGUGUGCAUCCAAACCUCUCCUGUCUCCCCCUAAAAUAUAAAAGAAAAAAAAAAAGUGAGUAUAAAUGCCUGUUUCUGUGUAAAAGUGAAUGCAUUCCGGGUCCUGUGCUUUGGAAGAUGCCACAGAUGGCAAAGAGCCUUGCUUGGCAGAACCGUGCUGCUUUCUGGGCCAGGCCCACUUGUGCACAUCGCCCUGCAAACUGUUGGCGUUCCUACAGCGCGCAGCGUUGGCACGACCCGGAGAAACAAUGGAAAUCGCAUCAAAUGAACUCAGUAGAACUUGCUCCCUUCUUCCCUUCUCUUGCCCCCUUGCUCCUACUCCCUUUUGUUGUUGUCAUUCCUACAGUCUGGCUGCCCGUUGCUGGCAGCACAUCCAUCUCAUUCAUCUUUUCCCUCUGAAGGAAAGUCGGAGUUAUCCGGGUGCUGGCUGAGAUGGAGGGCAGCUCCUCGCUGGUGAUGUUUGUCCUGCUGAUGUGCUCCAUCAACAGCAGCCAUCCACAUUCAUAUUCAGUGUUCAUGAGGAAAGAUGCAGCUCACGAGGUGCUGAGGGUCCAUAAACGCGCCAACUAUUUCCUAGAAGAGAUCCUCCCAGGGAACCUGGAGAGAGAAUGCAACGAGGAGAAGUGCUCGUUUGAGGAGGCAAAGGAGAUCUUCCAUUCGCAGGAGAAAACGAUGGAGUUUUGGUUCAAUUACAAAGGUUUAAAUCCAUGCACCACAAAUCCCUGCAAGAACGGUGGAGUCUGCAAAAUAAGACGCUACAGCUACUUCUGCAUCUGCCCCCCCAAAUUUGGAGGAGAGAACUGUGAGAAAGAGAAGCUGGAGUGCUGGUACAAGAAUGGCGGCUGCGGGCAGUACUGCUGGGACAGCGGCUCCUUGCAGGUGCAGUGCUCCUGUGCCAAGGGCUACACCCUGCACGAGGACGGGAAGAAGUGCGUGCAAGCAGCCCCGUUUCCAUGUGGCCUGAUUAGAGCCCGACGUGCCUUGGAGGAAGUGCGGCACGAGGCGGCCGUGUGGAACAGGAGCACAGCCCAUAGAGUUCAACAGGGCAAGGUGGAGCAAAGAGCUGCCGGGGGAAUGGAAGCUCUAAAGGAUGCACCUGGGCAAAGCACGGCCAUGGAGGAUGAUGCUGGGCAGGAUGGUGGGGACCCCACUCAGCAGCCAACAGAGGGACCAGCCUGGCAGGAUGAGACGACAGCAGCUGCUGUGCAGGAGGAAAUGGAGAACACGUGUGGGCAGAGCACCGGGAGGAACAGAACAGGGGCAGAGCUGCACGCGCCGGGUGGUGUCCAUGAGAGUGACAGAGCAGAUGGGUCCGGCACAGCUCAGCACCCCCUGAGGAACAGCGGGGAUCCCACAGAGCUCAGCCAGACCAGGAUAACGGGAGGGACGUUGUGCCAUCGCGGACAGUGCCCAUGGCAGGUUCUGAUCCGUGACAGCAGAGAUAUCGGCUUCUGUGGAGGGAGUUUGAUCAACAGCCGCUGGGUGAUCACAGCUGCUCACUGCCUCGACCUUGUCAGACCUCACCACGUUACCAUAGGUGACUUCGAUAAGUACCAAAGAGAGCUGAAGGAGCAGAAGAUCGGCGUGGAACGGAGCUGGAUACACCCACACUACGAUUCCAACAACUACAACGGGGACAUUGCCUUGCUGUACUUGAGCAGCGAGGUGGUUUAUAACGAGUUCGCCAUCCCCAUCUGCCUGCCCAGCCCCAACCUGGCAGCGCUGCUGGCUGAGGAAGGGCAGGUGGGGAUGGUCAGCGGGUGGGGAGCCACCCACAGCCGCGGCUCCACGCUGCGCUUCCUGAUGCGCGUGCGGCUGCCCGUGGUGAGCAUGGAGACGUGCCAGCAGUCCACCAGCAGACUGGUCACAGACAACAUGUUCUGUGCUGGGUACGGCACUGAAGCUGCGGAUGCGUGUAAGGGUGACAGCGGGGGCCCCUUUGCAGUGCCCUACCAGAACACCUGGUUCCUGCUCGGCAUCGUCAGCUGGGGUGACGGCUGUGCUGAAAGAGGAAAGUACGGCGUGUACACAAGAGUGUCCAACUACAUCCCCUGGAUUAAAGAGACUGUUGAAAGCGUGGCGGAUUCAGAGAAGUUUUCCAUUAACUUUUCUUAAUUGCCACCUUAAAAAUAGGGACCGCUCUUUUAUUCCGGCUGUUCAUUUCCUGCCUCUGAUGCUGAGGAAUGCUGAGUCUCAAUUUGCCAUAAUUAGUUGAAUUACUCAGUUAAUAUGACUAAGCAAAAAACUUACAUAAUAAAGAACUAUCCCUGCAAUAACAA